GUAUUUGAUCCUAACUUAAUUUUACGCCUGGGUAAGUGAGGUAAAAAGGUGAAGAGGUUCGAGUUCAACAGUUUCAGAUUUAUGUUCCUCAGGAUAAACUUGGAAAAAAAAUGUGGGGAUUUCCUCAUCUACAGUCUGUAGUUAAUAGUACCGUUGUUGUGUAAAUGUUUAUGCAUCGCUAUCUCUGGUCCUCUGAUCACUCAGAAUGCUUUCACAUCACAUGUCACAUGUCUUGGACCUGCGCUUGAACCCCUGACCCUUGACCCCGAGUCCUGAUACUGAGCCAGCCUGUCUUGUUACCCACUGUGACACAUCAUGAAACCAAACAUUUUAGGAAUUUGGGUUAUAAUUUUGUUUUUUCCUUGUUUUUCUUGUUGUCUACCCCCUCCUCCUCCUCUCUACCUCUUUAUCUCUCUCUCUCUAUUUGUCCUCCAGUAUUUAUUUUUGUGUGUGUGUUGCUAUUUAAGUCCUCCGGGAAUGGGAGUGGGAUUUCCUGCAACACAUCUACGCCCAGGGAAACGUGUCCUUUGCCAACUACUUUGUUGUGCCUGUCUAGAGGAGCUCUCUCAAACAAACACACACACACACACAAACUCACAUGGACACACACACCUUUUCCUUCCUGUCCCCUGGUCAGUAAGCGGUGACAGACAUGUUUUAUUUGUUUGACCCGGCGGUCAGGUGAGGUAGACAUGUUGAGAAAAACGCAUUAAAGCAGACGUAGAGAAACCUUCUUGAGUUCACAAUGCCUCAUGUUCCGCACAUCCACCACGUGUUGUGCUGUCACAUGAUCAUGCUUUAUGAAUAAACUCUCUCACUAAUAAAUAUUAUCCAUACAGGAAUAAAUAACUUGCUCUAUUCUGAGGUUUUGAGUCAUUUCUUUCACGAAAAUGAGCAAAAACUGCCCAUAAAAUCUUUGUGCACAUCUCUGAACAGGUCGGAUGAUCGUGCAUCUUCACUGUCAAUGUCCCAUCUGAUCGAUAAAACCAGUUCAUGACUAUAUCAUAAAUCACUUAAUUCAAAAUAAGUCAAACAGUCUUUUAAAUCACCUUGUUAAAUAAUAAGAGACUCACCUCUGCUCAUCUAGAUUCUUCAAUCUGUUAUCGUCCACUGAAUUUUUGCUCCUCUGCGUCCCCCUCUUCGCUCUCUCUCCUCUCACGACCCUGAGGAUGAUUUCUCAGUCAUUCCAGUUUAUGGGAGUUGUUGGGAGUGUAUCUGGACACGGCUUCCUGUAUCUUCCUGAUUGGUCAUGAAGAGAGUGCCCUGAGGCUUGAGCUAUGUACAGCACUGAGACACCGUAGUGUGUGUUUGUACGGGAGUUUGUGAGGACAGGAUCAGACUGUGAUCAACUUUGCUUUUGCUUUAGUUUGCAUUCACUUCUAAGAAAAUCUGAACUGUGGUUUUCCACCUUACAUGACAUGCUUUGCAGAGUAACCACAGGAAAGCUUUGAGGCUCAGCUGCAAGGCACAGACUUCAACUUGCAUUACAAUCAGACCCUGAACAUCGCCUCAUUGAAUCAAGGCGAAAUCUUGUAGAUGCAACUUUAUUUUUCCUCUUUUUUCCCUCUGAAAAUGUUGCAUCAAAUUUUAUGAUGACCCAUUAAGGUCAGGCCAGUUGUUUUCUACCUUGCAGCUUUCUUUCUGCUGCAUAACUUUAACACUUUGAGGAUCUGUGGAACAUCUAUGCUCAUAGAAUUUAAAUGUUCUUGAAUUUAAAUAUUAUAUGAGUCAUUCUAAGGACUUUCACCUUCCUUUUUGUCGGACAUCUCUGAACCAAUCCACACUGAAAUACAGAGGCCCAUCUUUGUGGAACCAACUACCUUACACUCUACAGUCAGCAUCUUCAUUAUCAUCAUUUAAACGGCACUUAAAGAGGUCAUUGCUGUGAUAGUUUUGAGUAGCUGAUCUUGGAUCCAUUUGAUUUGAUUGGAUUUGUUGACUGCCAUGUAGUUUAUAUUUACUUGCUACUGUUAGAUUUUAUUGUUGUUUCUGCAUGUUUAUUUUGUUUGUUUGUUUGUUUUUUGAAAACUUACACUGCUGCUUAGAUUAAUUGCAGCUAUAUCAGGGGAAGGUACUUUGACAAGCCUUUUUGGCUUCUAACCUCCCCUGCACAAUGCUGCUUAAAAUCUAUCAUGAAAUUGUUCUUUAUUUGUCAUGUGCAAAUGAAUAAACUAAACUAAAAUAAGCACAAAACAAACUUCAAUAACUUUUAGUUAUCAGAAAUGGUUACUAUUUUCCUCCCCUUUAUUUCUGAGACAGUUAAAUUAACCGUUUACUUUUUGCACUUGUAGUUCCUAACUCCUCCACUAGAUGCCGGUGUGUUUUAAAGCGAGGGCUCAUCUUUACAAAGAUAUCCAGAGCAGAAGUGAUAGAUAACUUCACAAAUGUACGCUGAGAAACAAACGAAAGACUUAUCCUUAUAGACUCAGAUUUACGAAGCAUUUUGAAUCAAGAAUAUUUCGUGAAGUUAAUGUUAUUAAGUAGACGGAAAAAUAAUAAGAAACGCGGUUCUGGAGUACAUGAAACGGCGUCGUCUGAAGACAGGAACCGGCUGUUGUGUUGCUAUCUCCGUGACACUUGAACAUCUUUGCGGCGUGUGGAAGAUAAACACUUAUAAUUCUUGCUAAUAGCUCACAUGAAAUCUGCUUUUUGUUUCUUUUGGGUGUGUGUUUCUCAUUGUUCACACCACAAGACUCUUCCUGACUUAUUCCUACUGCUAGUUUUGCCCACAGGAGCUGGUGUUGUUCAGUCUGGGCGACUUUAAUCCAGUGGUUUUUGCCGUCUUCUUGGAUAUUAGUUACAUAAUGUGUCGGCGUCGGUAAGCUGUUCGCCGAAUAACUCUUGUUUUCUGUUUCUGUGCUCCUGUUACACUCUUAAAAUUGGGGUAAAAGCGGUGAUAAAUAAUAAUGGCACUCAGCAGGAUUUACAUUAGCAUAGGUUAUGCUACCUUCGGCACCAUUGUUGGACUGUCUGCUUUCCUGGUAUGGAAUAUUGCAUAUAAACAACCGUGGACAGCAGCGAUGGGAGGCCUGUCAGGUAAGUUUACACACAUUUACAAUCAAAUAUCGUCUUAAAUGUUAAUGUAAUCCUAAGUUUUCUAAUUCAGGACGUUCAACACUCAUUGCAUCAUCGUAUUAAGGAAGUGUGAUAUCUACUGGAGCAAAAACAAUAAACAAGAAUAAUCCUUACAAACUAUGAGCAUCAGUUGUUUUUAUUAUCCCAAUUGUUUAUUGUUCAAUGUUAGCUGCACUAAUACUCUAAUGUCAGUCACAUUUCUGCAUAUGACCAGAUUUGGAGCUUAUCCCUGCCCUCAGCAUGAAUAAAUACCUUUCAGUCUGUCAUUAAGUAUUAUAGUUUCAAUGAAUGUGAUUAUGUUUUAUCAUGUGGACCUCCUCAUGUGUUAGGAGCUGACCGAUAUUAUGUGCUUAGAGUAUUUUUCCCAUCCAGAACCUAAGUGGGCAACCUUAUAUUAAUAAAUGAUAUUUCAAAUUCAACUUUAUUUUUAUGGCACUUUUCAGACAGGAAAUGCAGUUCAAAGUGCCUCACAGAAGCUAAAAACAAAAAAUUAACAAGAAUAAAACCCGAACCUCCCAUCCAAGGACCCACAUGCACACAUAAACACACACACAGUAUGAGAAUUUAAGAUAUAUUGUUGAAGAGACAUGGCCUGACACCGAGACGUUACGCGGGGAAAUUUGCAAUAAGAGAAGUAUAAAAAGGCAGUUAGUGAAAAGGUGAGUCUUGUGAUAAAGGUGAGAUAUGUGAUAAAUCUUCACGUGUCAGUUAUGGUAGAAUCACAUGUCUUCUUAUAGACUGUCACAACUAGAGCAACAGGUAAAUUCCAGCAUAGGAGCGACUUGCUGUUCUCUUUAACAGGAGAAAAAGGUCUGACUUAAUUUAUCUUGGUAUCAGGUUAAAUGUGUUUAAAAAUAUCAGCAUCUAUCAGUAUUGUGCAUCCUUUGUUUUCAGAUAUCCUUUGGAAAAACUGAAAGGCAUGCGCGAUAACAGCAGUCAAAAGCUUAAAAAGUUAUUUAUUGGUAUCAGCACUUAGCCGAUUUGUCCUCUGGAGAAGUCGUUUAUCUUGUAUGAAGUCAGUUUCUGAAACAAAUAAACAGUCGCAGUUAAAGUAACACUAUGGGCUGAAAUAUGUGCCACCAGAAACUGAAUUUGAAUCAUUUAUAUUUGAAUUGAAUUGUUAAACUUAAAAAAAUGAAUUAAAAAAGAUUCAGUUUCUUGUGGCACAUAUUUCAGCCUAUAUAACACACACACACACAAAAAUGUAUUUAUCGAUAUUGAUAUCAGUGUUGGCCAAAAUGAGUUUGAAAAUAUCGGCAUAUCUGAUAUUGUUAUAUCUUAGCAGGUACAAUUAAAUGCCAUAAAGUACAAGGUAACACAUUACAAUCCAAGUAUAGACACAGCAUAUUUAGGGAUGCACUGUUGUAUGGGUUGCACAUUUGUAUCAGCAAAUAUCAACCCUGUUGAUAUCUGCAAAGAAUGUGUCAAACUCUAACGUCAGAAGCUAAUGUUUUUCUAUAUCCUUUAGCAUCUUAUCUUAAUCAUUCUUUAGAGUUUGAAAGCUGUUACACCUCCUGGACAAACUCAUUUAUUUUAAUAAAAGAAACUGUGCCCACUGUAGGGAUAUUAAGCAGUAACAGCAACACGCUAAAUUACAACAGUACCAGCUUUGAUAUUCUUAACAUAAACAGGCAGUGUGCACCUAUCUUAACGGAGGAUACCAGGCCAUUAAAGCAACAAUAUAAAGUGCUUAGUGCAGUGUGAGGCAGCAGGCUGACUUUAAAGAGCAUUACUGACUGAGAUGAGUGGGCGUUUAAUGGGCGGCUGUGGUCAUCUCAAAUUUCCCAGCUUAGGCAAUAGUUGGUAUUUAUUUUGAUGGACAUACAAACAGUGAGAGAGGGGGAAUAAACACUAAAGCUUGGCUGUGCUCUCCUGUUGGUUAACUUUUUAGAGGAGAUGCUCAAUAACUUCGGUCUAGAGAGUAUUCCUCUUCAAUAUGAUCGGCAAAUAUUUCAACAUUUGGAGACAGCGGUGAAUACUUGUUUGUAAACUAAAAACAACAUUUUAAAGAGGUGGUGUUAUCCUUUCUUCAUAUUCUACAAUCAAAUAUUAAGUGAAUGUAUUGGAUGCCAGUACUAACUGUGGGCAAAGUUUCAAGUUGUGAGGUAAACUUGCUUGUUUAAACAGUUACAUAUAAGGAUGGGAAUCGAGAACCAGUUCUUGUCUAGAACCGGUUCCAAAUGGUUCAAUCCAUCGACAUCGUCUACACUUUAUCUUAAUGAUUCCUUUCUUCUGGGUGCCUUGAAAAACGGUCUUGUGAGAGCCAGUCUACAGGAACGAAAACAGAGACUUUGGGGACAAAAACAUGGGGAACGGUAUGAGAAGUAUGCAUAAACGAAAAGUGUGGCUUCAUUUUACUGAGAAAAACAACAACGGGUUUUGUGUAGAAGUUUUGAGUUUGUGCACCGUGGACUAACUGAGUUAAAAGCGCAUAAAAAACACUCGACCCGACUAAAAAAACCCUCAAAAUUUUGCGCACGACUCUGCCCCGCGUAGUAGUACUCUCUAGAAGACAAUAACACCCACUCUGUUCUUUUUUUGUAAAUUUUAUUUUUCCAUUCAAACUUUUAGGGUCAGAUUUGGGGUCCGAAACAUUGUCCAGAUUUUUAUUGUUUGUUAUUUUAAGUAAACGAGCAGCGGAAGAGGCUUCUAGAAAGCUGGGAGGGGGAGCUUCAAUAGAGCAUUUUGGAUGGAGGGUGAGAUAAAGUUAGAGUUUCCGGGGUUUUAAAUCACAUUUAGCACCACAAAGGUAUCAAAGAGAGAGAGUAAUAAAACCUAAAUGAGCCUACCAGCCCUUCUUUGAAAUGUAAUUGGAGUAAAAUGAGGUUGUGUCUCAUUUUCAUGCAGUAGUGAAACUUUCAUUUUUUCUGUGUUUGCCUUGUUUUAAAAUGCUUUACGUUAAAGUGUUUGCGUGUUUGUCCUUCCUCAGGAGUUUUGGCGCUCUGGGCUCUCGUCACUCACAUCAUGUACCUUCAGGACUUCUGGCGUACCUGGCUCAAAGGCCUCAAGUUCUUCAUCGCUGUCGGUGUGCUCUUCUCGGCCGUGGCAGUCGCCGCCUUCGUCACUUUUCUAGCUCUCGCCAUCACACAUGAACAAUGUAAUAUCACCGAGUGCAAAUUAAUCAGUAUCAAUAAAUAGUGAAGAGGAUGUGUGUGGUGGUUUAUUCAUCACUCUGCUCUGUCUGUCCUCCAGCUCCUGCAGACCCCAGAAGCCUCUACCUGGCCUGUGUGUGGAGCUUCCUGACCCUCAAAUGGUCCUUCCUCUUGGCCCUUUAUUCGCACAGAUACCGCCAGGAGUUCGCCGACAUCAGCAUCCUCAGCGAUUUCUAGUCAGUGCUGGUUUCUUUUUUAGGCCACAAAGGACUCUGAGGGUUGGUAACAAAGAAAAGGAAAAGCAGAUACAACAAGAUUUCAAAGUCGGCUGACUUUUACCCCAUGGAGUUGCACUUGUUUAAGAAGCUCUGUAUUUGUAUUGUUUCCUGUUCCACUACUUUAUAUGACCCAGCCCAUAUUUGUGUGAGUCUAAACCUCUGCUGCUUUAGAAGGAAGUGCUAAAAGUGACGACGAGGAUGGUUGUCAGACAGGUCUUAUCAGGGUUUUUCUCUGUUCUUUGUUUGUCUACUCACACUUCUAAGACACAAAAGGCUUUUAAUCGAAUCGUGAAAGUGAAAGUAAAAAUACUCUCAAAACUAAAACUUUGCUCCUCAAACUCUGACUAUGCUAGAUUUAAACUUGUUUAUUAAGAAGCUUGAAUGUUUCCCUUUUAUAACUGCAGUUCUCGACCUCAGACUCGUCACUCCUCUGUGUCUUACAGUCUGCUAUAAGCUCUUUUAAAUGUCUCCAAGCACUUUCAAGAUCAUUUUUUUUUAAAGUCACUGCUUUUAUUUCUCCCCUUGAGAAAAUUCUGUUGUGUAGAAAUCGUGCUGUUUGUCUGUUUCUCCACCAGAGGGAGACACACUUUGUUCUGUCACCUCAAAAGUUCUUACAUUCCUCCCACAAGAAAAUGGAUUUGAUUGAUACUUGCACUUUAGUCUUUGAUAACGACGCCCUUGUUUUGCACACAAAUCCUGUUACAAAGGUGAGGGAGGGUUGUGUCCUUUUUACACAUUGUCAUCCUGUUACUAUCACCCUUUUUAAUGAUAAAAACACACUAUUUAUAUGUGUCGUUGAUUUUACAGUUAGUCUGAUUUAUGUAGGUCAAACAGAGUAGUCUUAAUGAUGUAGUCUCAUGUCUACCUUCAAAUAUGUCAAAUUAAUUUGUGUCAAUGAUGAGAGAAUGAACGUGUGACUGUGUAUAGAAACUGAUCCCAUUAAAGUUCAACUGAUUGUUCGUUUUCGU